UCGAGAUGAUCGCGCGCGUUGCGCUGCUCGCCAGCGCGCUGGCCGCCUCGGCCUGGGGCUACCUGCUGCCCAACGAGACCGAGUGCCCGAGCGAGGCGCUCGUCGACGUGACCGCGGCCUUCGGCAAGGGCCACGAGCGCGGCUCGGUCUGGUCCGACGGCGUGUUCUAUCCCGAGGACGCGAUCGUAUGGACGAACGGGCGCGCGCUCGGCUGCCCUUGCAGGACCAGGGCGUGCCUGUCGCUGUGCUGCGUAGCCGGCAAGUGCCACGAGCCCAUCGACUCCGACGAGGGCUUCUUUCCCAUCUACGAGUCGCGCACCAGGCGCGUGAACCGAUCCGCGAGCGUCAGGCACUUCUGGCAGUUCGCCUGGAAUCCUUGCCACGAGACCGACCGCUACGCCUUCGAGCCCGAGCUCAAUCCCGGCGACAGGUUCGAGCUCUUCGACAACGGCUCGGUCUAUCAAGUCGCCGUCGACAGUCUGCGCAACUACACGGACUUCUGCGUGGAGCCCUACGACAACUCCUACAGGGUCAUUCUGUGCUUCGGCGAGGUCGGCGACGACGCUCCCAAUCCGAGAGUGCACCGAGUGUUCUCCUACGGCAUGCUCAUCUCCGUGCCGUUCCUGCUCUCCACCUUCGUCGUUUACAUGCUCAUACCGGACCUGCGAAACCUGCACGGCCAGACGCUCUGUGCCUACGUGAUGUGCCUGGUCGCCGCUUACGUUGCCCUCUCCAGCAUGCAGAUCGUCGAUCAAGCCAGCAUAUCCGACCUGACUUGCAGCAUAUUUGCGUACAUCGUUCACUUUUCUUUCCUGGCAAGUUUCUUCUGGCUUAAUGUAAUGUGCUUCGACAUUUGGUGGACAUUUGGCCUUCAAACUGCGGUCGUUAAAGUACCCCACCAUCACGGUGGCUUCCGCUCGUUGCACGGCAGUGUAAAGCAGCGAGAGCGCAAGAAAUUCAUCAUGUACUCGAUAUACGCUUGGGGCUGCGCCACCGUAAUCACCACUAUCACCAUGAUCAUGGACUUGGUGCCCGGCAUUCCGGACACCAUGAUACGGCCGGAGUUCGGCAAGGGUAGCUGCUGGUUCGAAACUGCGGGUGCAAGAGCCUUGUACUUCUACGGGCCCAUGGGAUUGACGAUCAUCUGCAAUAUAUGCUUGUUCAUAUUGACCGCUGUGAAAAUUAUCAAGCACAAAAAGGACACGGCGCGUCAGCUGAAAGGCAGCGACAGUAGACGACACGACGACAAUAAACAAUGGUUCAACCUGUAUCUGAAAUUGUUCAUCGUGAUGGGAAUCAACUGGUCAAUGGAGAUAAUCUCUUGGAUGUUCGAAGACAUACUUCCGAAAUACGUGUGGUACCUGACCGAUUUGACGAACACCCUGCAAGGCGUGAUAAUUUUUAUAAUUUUUGUGUGGAAGGACAAAAUUCGUCGACUACUCAUGAAGCGUUUCGGAUGCGAUGGCGAUGGGCUUUUUCGUAACUCAACAUCAAGAAGUGGCUGCGCCACUAGCUCCACCUCAGCACGCACCACUUGCAUCACCAGCGGAGCUCCACUCCAAGAAAAAGUCAACCCUUACAUCGACUCUUACGCUCGCGGCAAAUCCACCGUCACCGACGACAGCGACUGCAUCUGAGUUAUAAGCGGCUCGCGAAAAACCGUCGGAUUUUUCUUGCAAGAGACCCAGAUGUGAAUAUAUCUAUUCUUUUUCCCUUUAACGAUUAGAUAUGCGAUCGUUCAUGUAAAUAAUGACGAAGAAUCAAAAAGGAUCGAAUAACGAUUUUACUUUCAUUUUUUAUUUACUUAAGAACAAGUGUAAUUAUCGAUAUUAGCUUGACGUUAUUUGUCCGGCAAUUUAAUUUCUUUUUUAUUCGAAACAAUUCACGAGAGUAUUGCCUUUAUGUUUUAUUGUUAGUUUUUUUACUGUUAGAUUAGUUUUUUAACUUAGCUUAAGAGCUUAAGGGCGUGGCGAUAAACUUUCAUCAAGAAAAAUAAAAAUAUUUUUUUUAUAAACUGCCUAUUGUACGUAAUUAUGCGAAUUUCAGAAGAUGCGAUAUACUUUAUCUAUCUAUUUUCAUAUAGAAAACCAAAAAUAUUUUAAGACAAAUCUUCUGUCUACUAAGUAUACAUAUACAUGAUUAUAUCUACUUAUCAAAACCUUCGUCUCUCAUGAGUAAGAAAUAACGUUUUCAUUCUCUUUCUUAUUAGAAAAAAUUAAUUUUCAAUGUUGAAUAAUUAUCACUGCUUUAUCCAAAGGAUGUUGCGCAAUUUUGCUCUAUGUACGACAUAGAUUGGUAAACAAUCUAGCUUUUAUACGUCGCAGACAAUUCUUUCUGUAGCUUGUGAAACUUGUAAAGUAAAUUAUAAUUUUCACAAUUACGUUAUUCUUCAAAGAAAUAUUGUGUUUAUAAAAACACAUUAGGAACAGUACAAAAAGUAGAUUUGGCCUAAAUAACAAAACUUGCCUAUACGAGUCCGUUUUAAGAAAUACAUGUAAAUCAAACGUAGUGUUAUCAAUAUCUUUUUUUAAAUAUUGAAAUUUUUUCAACAUUUUUCGAAUCUUUUCAAAACUCUUAGAAUUGUUAAAAAAUUUCAAUGAAACCUAUCAAUUUGGUGAAUUAACAAAUCAUUGACACAGUGCUAUAGGUAUGACUAAAUAUAAAUAUUUGAAAAAUUCAUAAUGCCAUAUAUAUUUUUUAUCUCUAAAAGAUUUAAUUUUAUAAUAAUGUAAAGCACUUAACUCCAUAAAAAAUUAUGUAUAAGCAAUUUUGGCUAUCCGAGGACUUCGAACAAUUAAAAGUUGAGAUUUACUAUAAACUCGAAGCGCUUUAAUUUAUCACUGUUUUAUUUCUAGUCAAAUUAUCAACCACUUUUUGUAAUCAAUUUUUCGUUACCUAUAUAUAUACAUUAUAAUCGUGACAUAUGAUACUUGUGUGAUUAUUCAUCUUUCUAGUAUUUAUAAGAUAUAAUUGAUUAUUAUAAUUACUGUGAACCCCAUGAGUAAAGGAUAUUUUGGACAUACUAAAGUCGAGAAUUUUAUAAUUACUCAUGAUCGAGUAACCGUUAUCAAUUAUGCUUAUUGUGCAUUUACAGCAAAGUACAGUCUUCGCUCUAUCACGAUUUUUUUUUAUAAUACAUUUAUUACUGU